GUGUUUCUGUUCUGUCCUUCAUCUCCUCCCCCUUCGUUCCAGAGCGACUGGCAUCGCCGAGAGAGUUCGAAGGCGUGGGGUUUUCAAAGAUGGCGGCAAACAGUCUCCCAGCGGGAGCUUUCAUCACCACUGUCGACGGGAAGAGGUGCACGGCAGUGCCUAGAGCAAAAACGAGCAGCACCGCCCAGGAAACCGUCGAGGCGUUCACGAGCAUCGCCGCCGCCGCCCCCCCAGCGGCUGCGACUGCGACUCCCGCGGCCAAUGCCGCCGACACCGCGGCCGCGGCCAACAACGCGGCCAACGCAGCUCAGACGAGUGCGGCGGUGGCAAUAGCAGUUGGUAGCGCAGAUGCGAAUACCGCGCCUCCAGGGGCUGUUUCUUCUACAAGCGCAGCGACCACGACGGCAGACACCCAGACGAAUUCACCAGUAACAGCUCUCCCCGAGGCAUCAGACCUACCCGUAUUGACCGACAGUGCUGCGGGAACGCCCCCUUUUACCGUCAUUGGAGCUCCGCAAGCCUCUACUGACAACGCGGCGCCCGAAGCCACGGACACCCGCUCUUCUAGUAAUCAGGCCGUGAGCGCGGCUCCCAAUCCAAAUAGCAAUGCGGUGCAAUCAACGGUGGCUGUGGCUGGUGGCGUCAUUGGCGGCGUUGUAGCCAUCAGCCUUCUGGCAUUCAUCAUCUGGUGGUGGAGGCGGAAGAUGACGAGAAAAAGGAGAAGCACUCUUCUGACGCCGCUAGAUGUGGCGGGGUCUUUUGACCGGGAUGAGAAGGGAGCCUACAUCAUCAAUCGCGGCAGUAUAGGGCCAACUCCCAUGGGCGAGAAGUUCAGGGCCGCCCUAGGCUACAACAUGAAGAAAAUCCGCACUCGCAUUGCCAAGUCCGGCUCGCCUUCUGUCAACAUGGACCGCGGUAACUCGCAGUUUAUGGACCCCAUCGGCAGCCACAGCCGAGGAAACUCGUCUUCCACGACAAAAGGAGCCGAGGUGACAACAAGGGACCGCUUUAUGGACUGGUGGACACGUUUGACAGCUGAUAUGAACUUCAACUGGCGCCUACGCAACGACAAGAACCCUGACCGGGAGAGCGGCCUACCAGCUACGGGCGUGUCUAACGAAAAGAGGUCAAAGCUGGGCUCGCAGCCCGAUUUCCUCACCCUCCUUAGCAUGGAUGACCACGAAUUAGAUCGGGAAGCACAGCGGCGUCGCGCCAGCGUCUCGCGCAAGAACGGCAGUGCCGGAUCCGCCGAUCACUUCCUCGGCGGGCUCAGCCUUAACUUUGGCAGCUCUAGCGACAACCCCUUCAGUGACGCCAACGCUCUGGCACACACAUCUGCGCAACCGGCACCGUUAGUUGUCAGCCAGCCGAGCAAUCCCUUUAGCGAUUUCAAUGCCAUCCGGGAUCCCUCGACAGCGGCUGUGGCUAAACCCUCCACCUAUGUCAUUGACAUGAGGAGGUCACGGGGGCAAUCGGUCAGUAGCAACACAACCCGGCAACCAAGUGCGCUCUACAACAGCCGCGAAAGCGUGGGGUCAGUCGGAUCAUUCACGACCCAUCGCAAUAAAUUCCGUUCAGACCCCUUUGAUCUGGAGCGACCAGAGCUUCUGGCGGGGGCCCGUGCCGCGAAGAACAGCAUCACUAGCAGUACCGCAGGAACGGCUGGGAGUGAGCCACGCGACAGCCGGGUUGGCGGAGCCACUGGGCCAGGGGGGGCUGAACCACGCCGCCCGGCGGGCGCACGAACCCGGACCGACAGCUUCAGCUCAAAGUACUCGAGCGGAGUAAGUAUGGGCGACUGGAGUGAUCCGGGGCCCGACGUGGGCCCGGCCGCGACGCGCUGGGACGGCCCGGAGCCGCGGGGGUCACCCACACAAGGGUGGCGCGACCGGCUGGAGCGCGAAGCUGCGGUGGCCAAGGCUCCCGGUGGGAGGGAGAGACGGCAAAGUGCCGGGAGCCAAAAGAGCGUAGGAAGGGCGAUGUAGCUUUCCUUCCCCCCAUCUUUCUUCCUAUGGUUCGUCAUUGUGCCGGUGUACAAAAAGAUGAGACACGGCUGCCAUUGCGCCAGGCGUUGCUUUUUGCCUUUUGGGAUUUGUUGCUCAGCUAAGCGUUUUUAUUUUACUUUUCAUCAACUCACUGUCGUUUUCAUGACUGGAUUGGCUGCGAUCGAGACCUAGGAGGUGGCGCAACGGGAUUUUAUUCAGUGUUGUUCUCCCAAAUACCUACCUGCCCCCAACCUGUACGUGCGCCUUGGGUCAGGCCCCAGGAUUGGGGUCGGAAUCAAUGGGGCGGCCGGGAUCAAGGGAGC